ACUAUAACAUUUACAUUUUUAGGUUAUGUUCUUAUUUUCAUUUUCAAGUUUCAACAUGACUCGGAAUCGUUGAAACUUUGUUUCGUUGUUCAAUUUGUGAAAUCUUUUAUAAUAUUAAUCAGUAAAAUCCUUUCUUGAUUUGUGAUAAUCCAAUCUAUUUUUAAUUUGCAUAAAUAGGCAUUUUUAAAAAGUAUUUAACUAGUAUAGUUAAUAGUUUGUUAUUAAUAAUGGAGGAAUCAGCUAAAGAAGUAUUAAAAUUUUCGUCGCUUUCAAGUUCAAUUGAGCCAGGAUUCUGGUACAAAUUAGCAGAGUUGAAGCUGGAAGUUGAUAAAUUAGAUGAACAUGAAAGAAAAAUUUGGGGAUCUUAUAAAAAAAUUGGAGGGAAAUCGUUAUUUACUGUUGGAUUAUCAUCUUUUAACAAGUCUAUAAGUAUACCUGAGAAUUGUCUCUACACCAAUGUUGCAAGAGGAUAUUGUAUAAAUAAAAAUACACUGGAAUCUUACAAGAGCUGUGAUAAAACUGAUUUGGUUUCUAUGUACGGCCAGCGAUUGAAAAAACAAAUGUGCAAUGGAGAUGUGUUGGAUGAUCCUUCUCUGCUGUCUUCCUUUAUCUUACUUUCACAUGCUGACUUGAAAAAGUACAAUUUCAUCUAUUGGUUCGCAUUUUUAGUGCCUCAAGACAUCACUAUCAACUCUAUUGGAUCAAAUCCAUUGGAAGCUGAAUUCACUACUGAUAUGAUCAGUGAUAUAUUCUUUGGCCAUUCACAACUUGAUGUUAUUAAUAGAACAUUUUUUGUUGUUGUAAAAACAAUUGAUGGAAUAAAAGUGUAUACAUUAAAAGAGUUCUCUUCAAGUUUCAAAAAUGGGGAAUUAGAUAAGCUUUGCUAUUAUUUUGCAUUCUGUGACUGCUCUAGCGACUCUAAAAAUCCCUCAUGGUAUUUAAGAAACUAUUUGGCAUUCAUACAUCUCCAAUUUUCAAACAAAUCAAUGAAAGUUAUCUGUAUACGUGAUAAGGAAACUAGUUAUGCUCUCCAAGUUACCAUUGAGGGUGGAAAUAGUCUGGAGAAGUGGAUUGGUUGGAAAAGGAAAAGUGAUGGAAAGUUCGGCCCCGUAUUAGUAAAUCUUGGAGAUAGUAUGGACCCUGCCAGAUUGGCUGAGAAUGGAAAGAGAUUAAAUUUGUCUCUUAUGAAAUGGAGACUGGCGCCCGAACUGAAUCUAGACAUUGUGAGAAAUACUUCUUUCUUGCUGCUUGGCUCUGGAACUCUGGGAUGUUCAGUUGCACUUAACCUCACUGCUUGGGGUGCUGAUAAGAUAACAUUUGUGGACAGUGGUCGUGUGUCCUACUCGAAUCCGCCGCGUCAGUUUCUGUUCUCAUUCGAAGAUAGCCGCUCCAACGUACACAAGGCCCAUGCAGCCGCCAAACGGCUCAAUUGCAUCUCUCCAAGCAUGGAAGCCAGAAGUGAGGUAUUGGAAAUUCCAAUGCCAGGUCACGCGACAAGCGAUAUUGCGUUCAAGCUGAAAGGCAGCGACGUGUUUCCUUCAGACCAUUUGUCGCAGCUGAUCAGCGAGCAUGACGUCAUUUUCCUUCUCACUGACACCAGGGAAAGCCGUUGGCUGCCCACUCUCCUUGCCAGGCACCAUAAAAAGUUGGAGGUAAUAUCAUGUUCAAACGGGGAGAAUGAGAGGUUGAAGACUCUGCCUUUGAGGAAGCCCCACAAAAUGAAAUCGCAGGCGAACGAGGGGGCCAUGGAAUCGUUCUAUUUUGAAAGAUCAAACGAUUCGAAGAAACGUUAUCAAAACGUCAUCAGAAUAGACUCGGACUGUUUGUCGACAGCUGACAGGACGCUAGACCAGCAAUGCACUGUGACCAGGCCAGGCGUGGCCAGCCUAGCUGCUGCUCUGGCUGUCGAACUGACUGUGUCUAUACUCCAGCAUCCUAAAAGAGAUGCAUGUGAUUCUGCUGACGAAACAGUUCUGGGUGCCAUACCUCAUUCCAUUAGAGGAUACCUUUCCAGUUUCAGUCACAUAUUGCCAUCAACACCUGCGUUUGAAAGCUGUGUAGCAUGCUCUACCAAGGUAUUAUCCGCAUAUGAGAAAGAGGGAAGAUUGUUUCUUAAAAAAGUUUAUGAAUCCUCUACCUACCUAGAAAAUCUCACUGGAAUAUCGAAACUGUUGGAUGACCCCAACAUUAAUGAAAUUGUUGAGUUGGAUGAUGAAGAAGACUUCUGAAUGUGGAGGAUCUCGUGCUUCAUUACUACCUCAAGAAACCUAGUGCAACUCAUUGAAGCCUGUCAAGAGGAUGGAGGAUUUCAAAUGUAGGCUACUAUGAAUGUAAAGGUAACAAAUUAGGCGAAAUCAUUUAUUCUGUUUGAAAAUGUAAAACAUUAGGAUAGUCCAUACUGUAAAUGUAAUGGUAACAAAUUACUUUGAGAACAAGCUACUACCUUGAAAAAUAUAAAUUAAUCAAGACUACAUUUUUAAUGAAGUCUUAACAAUUCUUUUUCACGAUUGUGACACAUACUACGGAACAAUAUAUCUGUGGGCAGAAGAAAUAUUCUAUGUAUUAAGUAUCACUUUAUAUUUAAUAAUGUACAAUGUAUUUUUAUCUAUUCUAGUACAAUGUAUUUAAUGUAUCACUCCUGCUUGGAGUGAAGUGCCUCAUAAUCAACACUUUACCUAUUUUUUUAAUAAGGAUUAGUUGGUUCAUUCAGAUUGGGUAUGAGGUAUGGAAUUUAGCUCUUGAUUAUUGUUUUUGAGAGGUCCAAAUAGGAAUAGAGGUUAAAGUGAGUAGAGGCUCCAACUUCAGAAAAGAACCGUUCACUAACCAAAAAGAGAAUAGUAAUUCGGUUAGACAUUAUUUAUUAGAGAUAAUAUUUACUGGAUUCUUCAAUUAAUCUUUUAAUCGAAAAUUCUACCCAUUAAAUAUUGGAAUAAUUAGAAGACGAGUAAAUUUGAGGAAAUUGAUAAUGUUGAAGUUAUUUACUGAAGAAAGUCAGUUUAUUGAUUUAUAUUUAAAAAAUAUCAAUGCUCUCUUGAGCAGUAGUACAAUAAUUCCAUUUCUCUUCCAUCAUGACUAUCAGCAGCUUGUUAGAAAUUCAUUCCUAAUAUUUAUGUAACAAAUCUUCCGUUACAGUAGGGUUACUGAAGGUAUUUCUGGGCAGAUCGUGGAGAUAGAAGCAUACCCAAAUAUUCUGAUUCUAGGGUACCUCAGGAUAUCCAAACCACUUGAUGUGCAUUUGGGGGUCGCGACUGGGCCGCGUAAUGGCCAAUUAAAAAUGGUUGAUCCAGCGUUCAUUAUAUUGGUCAUAGAAUGAUUAUACCAUUGAUGAUAGAGGCCUAUAGUAAACGCGAAUCGAAACACAAUAAACUAUUCUAUAAAGUUUGUCAUUACACAUUCCCACCUAAAACAUGAUUUUAACCUAGAAAAAUGCACUUAUUCAAAAACAUUUCAUUUUUCAAGAGUAUUUUUUCUGUAUAACUACUUUCAAUGACUAUUUUUCUAACUUUAUAUAGAGUGCAAAACAAAAGUUCUUUGAAAAAUAAUUUAUUAUCUAUUUCCCGUUUGUUUCAAGUUUUUAGAAUCUUUUGUUCUGGAGUUGAAAUUUUUUAUGAUAUCAUUCUAGCCGCUGUAGGUUCUCAAUGCUAAUCUAAGUUUUUGUUCGACACUAUGUUAAGGAAAUUUGAUUUCGAGUGCUUGUAGAAUUUCGAUUAAUGUUGAAUGAGUUCUUCCAAUUAGCCCUUGAGAUUGAGGAUGGUACUGUGUAGUGAAAUAGAUUUCAAUACCAUUGACUGCUGUAAAUGGUUUGUACAAAGCGUUGUUGAAUUCUAACCCAUUAUCGGUUUGAAUACAUUUCGGGAUAGGAAAUACUGACAGAUAAUUAUUUAAAUUCUUUACUAUUUCUACAGCAUUAGCUGUUUUCAGAGUAAAAGCAGAAAGUCUUUUUGAAAAGCAAUCUACAAAUGUGAGGAUUUUGAUGUUAUCGUUGGUGAAUGUGUCGAUUUGAUUUUUUUCGAAAGGCUUUGUAGGCGUGGGAGUAAUUUUGAAUUUUGUUUUAUUCGGAUUUCUUUCGUACUUCAAUUUUCACACAUUUUCAAACAAGUUUCACAUUUAUUUAAGAAUUCUGUUACAUCUUUGUGCAUUGCUGGCCAAUAAUAGUUUUUACGGAUCUGUUUAUAAUUUUCAUUGAUUCCUCUAUGGAAGUUCUUGUCUUCAUGACAUCGGGCUAUUAUCAUUUGUUGUUCAUCCUUAUCGAUUAUGUCAGCGUUCAUUCUUUUAUAGAUUGGAAAUUUAAAUGAAGGAACUACUUACUUACUCCGCGGUGCUACAGCCCGUUUAGGGCCUUGACCUCCUCUAUGAUGCUUCUCCAUUCCUCUCUGUCGCCAGUUCUUCUUCUCCAACCUCGGACACCCAGCCUCCUCAAAUCUUGUUCCACAUCUUCUAGCCAGCGUUUUCGUGGGCGUCCUCGUAGUCUCCUUCCUCCUGGAUUUUCUCUGAAGACCUUCUUUACUGCUCUUGAGUCACUCAUCCUUUCUACGUGACCUAACCAACUCAGUCGCCAGUAUUUUAUUUCGUUAACAAUUUCUGUUUUUUUAUAUAGGUCACGUAACUCUUGAUUUGUCCUUAUUCUCCACUCCCCAUUGUUACAGACUGGUCCGUAAAUCUUUCUCAAUACUUUCCGUUCCCAAGUACUCAAGAGAUCUUCAUCUUUCUUUGUGAGAACCCAGGACUGCACCAUACAACACAACUGGUUUUAUUAUUGUUUCAUAAAUUUGAAUUUUCAACUUCUUCGUUAGCACUUUGGAUCUAAGGAAUUGGCUUAGGGCAAAAUAGCACUUAUUACCUGCAGUUAUCUUUGCUUUUAUAUCGACUUUGACGUUGUUGUCAUCAGUGAUUACAGAGCCAAGGUAUUUAAAUUCUGAUACCUUUCCAAAAACAAAGUUCUCUAUAUUUAUUUCUGUGUCACCUGCUUGUCGUGUUCUGCUGCUGGCCAUAUAUUUCGUUUUGCCGUCAUUUAUUCUAAGUCCUAUUUGUUCUGAUGAUUCAUUGAGCUGAGUAAAUGCAGUCUCCAAACUUUGUCUAUUUCGUGCUAUCAAAACUACAUCAUCAGCGUAUGCCAUGCAUUGGAUCAUCCUAUUCAUAAUCGUUCCCCUUGGGUUAAUGGUGAUCCCUCUAAUAACCCUUUUUAGACUUAUAUUGAAAAGCAUGGCUGAAAGUACAUUUCCUUGCCUGAGCCCUGUGUUUGCUUGGAAGUCAUUUGACUUCUGAAGGACCUAACUGAAGGAACUAGUUUCACUAUUUCCUCUGUCAUUGCACUUAGGAGUUCUGUUCUUAAAGUUUCGAAAAAUGGACUCUUGUUCGAAAAUACUAUACCAUAUACAGUAUCAUGUUUCAAAUAUUCCUUAAUCUCUUCUACUGUUUUUGAUAUCUCGGGAGUUUAUAUACUUGAAAGUGAUUCUAUUUUUGUUGAAGAUCUUUUUAAAUUGGGGGUUUCCUUUACCUCUCAAAACCACUAUUUGAUUGGUUUCUGUAUUUAUAAUACAAUUAUAGUCCAUUAUGCUUAUUCUAUCAUCUGAACUUUCUUGCGAAUGCUGAGUCAAUAAUGGAUCGUUAUUAUUAAAUCUGGAUGUGGUAAGUUUAAUGGACUGUAUGAAUGAUAAAUAAAUGCUUACUAUUGAAAUUUUGGUUAUUUUAAUCAACGCAGAUCUAAUACUAUUGUGUAAACAAAAUAAUACUAGAUCUAAUAAUGAAUAAGGAAAACACCAAAUAAGGAAUACAAUUUUGAAACAAAAUAUUUGUAUCAAUUUAAAUGAUGAAUGUUGUAUAUAACUUGUGCUGAAUAAAUGCCUAAACCGCAUUCCGCGGUAUCAAAAAAUGAAUAGCUAAGAAAACAACAUAUGUUGAAAAAAUUGACAUGCCACAUUCAGUGGUUAUCAGAUAAAAUGAAUAGUUCAAUAACAUAGGAAGAGCCCAAUGCAAAAAGGAUGAAUGUCAUAAUUCGCAAAUUUUCAGGAGACGCAUUUCAAAUUUUUUCAAACUUCAAAACGUUAUUACUGAAUGAUAAGUUCAAAUAGAAUAUUCAUUAUAAGUUUAUGGGAAAUCUAUGAAUAUAGAACAUAGAAUACACUAUAAAUCGAAGAGUUUUUAUUCAAAUACUUGUAAUAAAAAAGAGGGUAGCGUUCAGAUUUGGUUUUUUCAUUUACACAUCCGUUUCCUUCGGAUUCACCAGUUGGCGUUUUGAUCUUAAAAUAGCUUGGCAUCACUGAUACAUCAUUUGGUACAUAGUUUGGUUUUACAAAAUUAGAUUUACUACCUGUGUCAAUAAGAAUUUUUAUACCAUCAAAUUGAAUAUGUGGAAGGUCUGAGGAAAUCUAAUUCAAAUCAAACACUAAGUCUUGGGUUUGUUGUUGGUGCUUGACCCUGAAAAAUUCUGAAAUGAUUCAGUCAACUUGUCUAGCUCUUGUUCCAAGUUAUCAAGCCUAGAAGGAUUUUCACAAUAUCCUGCACAAUCAUUAAAUUGUUGAAAUUCAUGGCAUCCAUCUUCAGUCAAGUGGGCUUGAUGUGGGGCUUUGAAAGUUGAGACAGUUCUCAUAGAAGCAUCUUGAUUUUGAACUGCUGGUUGAAAAGAUUAUUAGGAAAAUCUAUUUUCACACUCCCUAUUCCAUAUGUCAUUGAAGUAUGAGGAGCAGCCUAUAACACACACUUGAUAAAGCUGUUUAAUUUACAAAAACAUAUCAUAAUAGCUGCCCUAGGUAGACCCAGACUAUAUCCCAGUAGACUUAUAUUUAAUAAAUUGAAUGUUCAUACUCUAAGACAAACGUAUGCAAGAAACUUAAUCCUAUUUAUCAAUAAAAACAGAGACCUAUUCACUAUCCAUGAAAUACCAUAUAUAUAAUAUACGUCAGUCAGCAACAGUUUUAUCAGUAAAUCGUAAGAAAUGUUUUAUUAUAGUAAAGUGCUUAUAAACAAAAUACAAACAUAUUUUAUCAUCAAUAGAAUUUUUGGAAUCAUAGCUAAGGAAAUAGAUAAGUGGAUUUAAUAAAAGAUCUUCUUUGAAUUAGGAAUAUGAAUCUACAAAAACUAGCACCAUUUUUAGUCAUUAUAGACCAUUGUAACUUAUUAUUUAUAAGGAUUCAUCAAUGAUACUUAAUUAUUUGAUUAAAUAUUCUCUUUUUAAAUGUUAAUUAUUCCAAUGACUAAACUGUGUGCCUUCAAAUUUCUAAUCAUAGGUGACAAAUGUUUUUGUUUUCUGGUAAUCAAGUUAUGUAUGUAUGUCACUACACUUUGAACAUUUUGGCCCUGCAAAUCUUUCUUGUAUGUAUUGUAAAAAGCUACCACAUCUGCUCUUUGUGGUAGAAAUUUGCCUGUAAUGUAUUUGUGGAAUUUUCCAACAACCAAUUUCUGCUCGUGAACUGUCCACCUUCUUCUUUGUAACUUUCCUUUUUCCUCUUUAUCUCCUUCACUGUAACCUGAUUCGGUGCUCUCACUCUCUGAAUUUGCACUGUGGUUUUGCUCGUAUUCGGAUUGUCCUCUUUUUCUUUUUUCCACAGGAGGU